AUGGAUCUUAGGAAAACUAGUACAAUGGAAUUAUUGCAGUUUUGUCUUUAUACGACUGUCGCAGUUUUGCUGUUUGUCAAAGAAUUACAUGCAGUUGUCACAAUCUCAUCAACAACAAAUCCUGUUGGACUUUUAGGAAAUAAUGAAGUGGAACUUGUAUGUACAUAUGAUCUAUCUCCUACUGAUUCAGUGUUUACAAUAGCUUGGAAAAGGGAGACAUCAAAAGACUCUGGAACAUACGAACAAUUAGCAUUGUUUUAUCCACCAGGAACAAAUCAGAAUGAAGCAGUAUUAGCCAAUUUAACUAACCCGUCUGUGUUUGGACGAGUAGUGCUAACAAAUCCAACAGAUUUAUCACUAACAGCUAAGAUAAAGUUUACAAGUGUUGUUUGUGAUGAUGAGAGGAAAUACCAAUGUGCUGCUUUUGGACUAAAUAAUAUUGAACAAGCUGAUCCAACCAGUAUAACCAGUCUUACAGUCAAAGCGACACCCAAUGCUUCAUCCUUCGGUGAGGUAGAAAUGGUCCCAGCGGCUAACAUUGCUGAGGGACAAACAGUCCAGUUUACCUGUACCAGUAAUGUUGGUCGUCCUGCAGGGACAUUUGUAUGGACCAAGUACAGUGGUAUAUCAGACUCCGUUGGUACCACUGUAGACUCGACCACACAGACGUCCGCCAGUACCGACUGUACCUUCACCGGCAGUAGUGUCAUCUCUUUACUGAUGACCAACAGUGACAACGGUAUCAUUGUCAGGUGUACCCUACAACAGGAAACUAUCACCAACCCUACAGACACUAUCUACUAUAAACAAACUGAUCCCAUCAACGUGUACUACAAAGUAAGACAGCCCAUUGUAACUCCACCUACCAACCCAGCUGUGCAUUAUGAGGGCACCACAUUGAACUUGAAUUGUGCUGCUGAGGGUAACCCUGCCCCUACCUAUAUAUGGCGUGUUAACGGAACACAAAUCGGUACCGCAGCACUGUUACAGCUGACUAACAUCAGGAUUGACCAAUCUGGGGAUUAUGUCUGUGAGGCGAGGAACAACUUUACUGGAAAUAUGUACAAUGAGAGCAGAACUGUCUCCAUCACAAUAGAAACACCACCCACCACUACCACUUCUACAACUACUCCUGUUCCAUCUGUAGACCCCACACCAGGAGGAGGCGGUGGUACAGUUUCCCCCCAGGACCAGGAUGACACUUCCAGUGGACCCAACACCACUAUCAUUAUCGUCAUUGUUGUUGUCGUCGUCGUUGUCAUCGUGAUUGCUGGAGUUGUCGGCUUUUUGUGUCUGAAACGUAGGAAUGCAAACAAAAGUAUUGAAGAACCUCCAGAGAAACCAAGGAAUAACUCCGACCUUAGUGCCCUGGGCAAGCCUCCAGAUGUGAUCCGUAAUGAUGAAAAACAUAACAUUGGUUACAAUAAUUUUGAUAAAGGGAAAGGUGAACUGCAGUACGCAGACCUAACUUUUGAUGAUAGACCACGAAGUCGGCGUCCUAUACAGAUCCUAGAUACCGACCUUGGACCCACGACUUACUCAGAGGUCACAAUGCCCAGUGUGUGA